AUGAAUAUUUCAGAGUUCGUUACGAAAAAAACGAUAAUUUCAGUUAUUUCCGGCAGCGAGACGAAAACCGUCAAGGCGGCCGGUGAGUUUAUCCCGGUGGAAAUCUUCGUCAGCAACGAACAACGUCGGGUGGCCGAGAUUGUCAUCGACUUCACGGUCAACUUCGUGCUGGCCUACUUGGGCCUGGCCACCAACACAAUCGUCGUCAUGGUAUUCGCCCGGCAGGGGUUCAAGGACAGCGUGGCCGUCUCCAUGACGGUCAUCGCGUUCUGGGACUUCCUCAAGUGCCUCGGCGCCGCGGCUCAGCGAUUAUCCGGCCCAAUUAGUCUGGCGUCGCCCGUGAUCGCCCAAAGCUGGACCAACAUCUCGGUUGUGGUUUUCAACUACAUCAUCUCCUUCUCGACUUACGUUUCCAGCGUGCUGGCUGGGUACGUCGCCGUAGAGCGCUGCCUCUGUGUGAGCAUCCCUUUCAAAGUCAAAUGGUUGAUCACCCCAAAGGUGACGCUGUGCCUGUGUGUCACCAUUUCCGUUGUUGUCUUCGGCUGUUUCAUGGUGAUCUUCUUCGUGUACGACAUCCUGUGGGUGUACAGCGAGAAGUACAACGCCACCCUGGCUGUGUAUGUGUACAACGAUUUCUUCUACAGCAACGCAGGCCCGCUGUUCCAGUACUACAAUCUCUCUGGGAUCUGCUGGCCGACGUCCAGCCUAGUGGUCAUUGUUGUGUCCACCGUCAUCAUCGCAUACCACUUGAAGAAAUCAACCCACUUCCGGUCGAUGACAGCUGGGCAUGCGCACACGGCUCAAACACAAAAACAGCUGUCCACACGAGACCGACAAGUGGUCAAGAUGCUACUUGUGGUCAUCGGCGCGUACAUCGUCAACCUCUCCCCCCGGAUCAUCCACUACACCGUCAAGUACUUCAUCUACGAGUUCUACUUCCUGCGCCUCUACCACAACGUCUUCAUGGUCAUGACCUACAUUCUGCCUGUCUUUGACCUCACUCACGCCGCCAUCAAUCUAUUUAUAUUCUACCCAAUGAGCUCAUCGUUCCGCGCCACUUUCUGGGACAUUUUUGGAUGCACUAAAACGGAAAUUCCCAAAAGGCAAGUUUCGAAGUCAAUGUCGUAAAAUAUUGGUAUACACAGAACAUUGGUUUGACACUUGGCAUUAUACCUUUUGCAACCAGCAAUUUUGAGCACACUCAACAUAUUUU